AUGGAAAUUUUUUAUUUCUCUUAUCAAAUUGAAUUUGAAGCUGAUGUUCCGGAGGACAUUCGUGUUGUAGUUGGUAUAGAUUUUGGAACAACAUACUCGAGCUUUGCGUAUGCUCACGUUCAAACUUGCGAGGUUAUUACUAAUGACGAUUGGCCCGGAAGGAAAGGACCAUUGAAAAUCAACACUGUAUUACAAUAUGAUGAAAAUUUCAACAAUGUUAUCGCGUGGGGUUCUCAAGCUUUAGUUGGCGAACCUCAGAGGCGUCGAAAGAAAACUGCGGCAAACUCAUCAAAACCCAUCGAACUUUUCAAGUUGCACUUAGGUAACAUUCCAGAAGAACAAAAAGUAAAACUCCCUCCAAAUUGUCCUGCAGAAAAGGCCAUCACUGAUUAUCUUCGAGAAAUGGAAGAAGUUGAACGCCGUUGGCCAGGAAUUGACUUCUUUAACCAUGUGCGUUUUGUGGUCACUGUCCCCGCAGAAUUCACCGAAAGUACGAAGACUAUCAUGAGAAAAUGCGUAUAUGAUGCUGGAUUAAUUAAAAGCCUUGGUACACAGAAUCUAAAAUUCACUACCGAACCUGAAGCUGCGGCCCUAUACUGCAUAAAGUCGCUAAAAGAACAGGACUUGACAACCGGAGCAACAUAUCUGGUCGUCGAUUGCGGUGGCGGCACAGUAGAUUUAACCGUUCGAAAACUAUUAGAUGAUAAUCAAAUUGGCGAGACCACGGAACGUUCCGGCGACUUUUGCGGUGGUACUUAUGUGGACAAAGAAUUCCUCAAGUAUCUCGAAAGUAAGGUCGGAGAAUAUGCAAUGAAAAUGUUACGGGAUAAGCACUACGGCCAACUUCACUAUAUGAUUCAUCAAUUUUGCGAACGUGUCAAGAUUCCGUUUACCGGUGAAUCUUCCGAUUUUAAGACAUACGAAUUGGAUAUUGAAAAAAAUUGUCCCGCCUUGAAACAAUAUGUUAGCGGUCAAGCCAGAGAAGAGUUGUCGGAUGAAGAGGAAUGGAUAAUUGAACUUGAUUUUUCGACUGUCAAGCGAUUUUUUGAUCCUGUUGUCGAACGAAUCCUCCGAUUGAUCGAAGCACAACUUGACAAAAGUAGAUAUUGUUCUGUGAUGUUUGUGGUCGGCGGUUUUAGUGAAUCCAAAUAUCUUCAAAAAAGGAUUAAACAAAAGUUUAAGAGUUGCAGAGUUGUAAUUCCUCCUCAUCCCAUGGCAGCCAUAGUGCGUGGCGCAGUUGAAUAUGGCUUGAAUGCCGAUGCUAUUAAGACUCGUGUAUUGAAAUGGACAUACGGUGUUCAAACUUAUCCAAAAUUUCAACGAGGUGAUCCGCCAUCACGUAAAACUUCAGAUGGACGUAUUUAUAAAUUCCAUUUAAUGGCCAAAAGAGGUCUUGAGGUGGAAGUAAAUCAAAAAUUUUCUACCACAUUGUAUCCAGUCUAUCCGGAUCAAAAAUCUAUAUUAUUCAAAUUUUUUUAUACAACAAAAUUCACAGCAAGUUACUGCGAUGAACCCGAAAUGAGUGUUUUAGGAGAAUUUGAAGUUGACUUGCCAGAUACUCAUUUGGGGCUUGAUAGACCUGUAUCACUUCAUUUAUGUUUUGGUGCGAUGGAAAUUAUUGCAGUGGCAAGAAAUGAAACCAACGGAAAAAUUUAUCACACUACCUUUAAAUUAGAAUUCUAG